AUGGUGGAGACCAGAGAGGAGGGCGACAUUCAGGACGCCGACCUUGAGAUGGAUUGGAUGCAAUUGGAUCUCCAAGGCGCUACCAGCAGCCUUCCAGAUGAAGGCCAGCAGAUGCCAGCAAUGGAAGGCAUUGACAAGAAGACGAUGGGCUGUUUCCCUUCCAUCGAGCAAGCGCCAGCGACAACCAUAGCCAGAAACUUGCGGGCAGCGCGAUCGGACGGCUGCGAUGCGCCUGGCAUUUUGUGCGCAGGAGCAAUGGCUGACAGCAACGCGGGUAGAGAUGUGCAGAAGCAUCUCAACAAGUUUGACCUUGGGUUGAAUGUGCCUAGAGAAACCUUGAACUUUCCUGUAGGGAACGGAGCGGUGCCAAUCGAGCUGCCUUGGAUUCGACCAACUUCCUGGGUGGCCUUCUUGAUUGAGAAGUACCCUAAAUUGUUGUGUGGUACUGCCAGAAAUGCGGAAGCAGAGCUGGACACCUUUUGGUCUUUGUACAGGAAGGUUCAUCCGCAGCACGCUGCGUUCAAAGGCAACGAGGAUGCAAGUGUGAUUGCGCAGCUGACAGCGUCCUCAGAAGAUAUGCGGAUUUGCACGUGUCAUCAGAUGUUCCUCUUCCCAAGCUAA